GUCACUGGCCAGGCCAGCCGGCGCCAUUUUGAAAGUGGAGUCGCCUGCCCCUGCCGCUGCCGCUGCCGCCGUCGCUGUCGUAGCCGCCGCCGCCGCUGCCGGAGAAAGAGCACGAGCGGGGAAGCCUUAGAGUGAAAUCUAGCAUCCUGCCGGCUGCUCUGCCCGCCCCUCCUUCCUUUUCCCCCAGCCCCCGUCCCCUCCCCCCGCAGGUGCCAUCCGCCGCCAUCCGCCCUCUCUACCCCCCCAUCCCCAGGUGAGGGGGGUGAGUUCAGGAAGCGGAGACCCCGAGGAACCCCGCAGGGUCACCAUUUGCAGCGCAACAUGGCAGGAGCUGGAGGAGGGAAUGAUAUUCAGUGGUGUUUUUCUCAGGUGAAAGGAGCAGUAGAUGAUGAUGUAGCAGAAGCAGAUAUAAUUUCUACAGUAGAAUUUAAUCAUUCUGGAGAAUUACUAGCAACAGGAGAUAAGGGUGGUAGAGUCGUCAUCUUUCAACAGGAGCAGGAGCGCCUUUGACCUGAGGAUCUCAAAGUGCUUUACAAACACUAAUGAAUUAAUCCUCACAACACCCCAGUGAGAACAAAAUCCAGUCUCAUAGCAGAGGAGAAUAUAAUGUUUACAGCACCUUCCAGAGCCAUGAACCAGAGUUUGACUACUUGAAAAGUUUAGAAAUAGAAGAAAAGAUCAACAAAAUUAGGUGGUUACCCCAGAAGAAUGCUGCUCAGUUUUUAUUGUCUACCAAUGAUAAAACAAUAAAAUUGUGGAAAAUCAGUGAAAGGGACAAAAGACCAGAAGGGUAUAACUUGAAAGAGGAAGAUGGAAGGUAUAGAGAUCCUACUACAGUUACUACACUACGAGUGCCAGUCUUUAGGCCUAUGGAUCUAAUGGUUGAGGCCAGUCCACGAAGAAUAUUUGCCAAUGCUCAUACAUAUCACAUCAAUUCAAUUUCUAUUAAUAGUGAUUAUGAAACAUACUUAUCUGCAGAUGAUUUGCGGAUUAAUCUUUGGCAUCUGGAAAUUACAGACAGGAGUUUUAACAUUGUGGAUAUCAAGCCUGCCAAUAUGGAAGAGCUAACAGAGGUGAUUACAGCAGCGGAAUUCCAUCCAAACAGCUGUAACACAUUUGUAUACAGCAGCAGUAAAGGAACUAUUCGGCUCUGUGACAUGAGGGCAUCUGCCCUUUGUGAUAGACAUUCUAAAUUGUUUGAAGAACCUGAAGAUCCCAGUAACAGGUCAUUUUUUUCCGAAAUCAUCUCCUCUAUUUCGGAUGUAAAAUUCAGCCAUAGUGGUCGAUAUAUGAUGACUAGAGACUAUUUGUCAGUCAAAAUUUGGGACUUAAAUAUGGAAAACAGGCCUGUGGAAACAUACCAGGUGCAUGAAUACCUCAGAAGUAAACUCUGUUCACUGUAUGAAAAUGACUGCAUAUUUGACAAAUUUGAAUGUUGUUGGAAUGGCUCUGACAGUGUUGUCAUGACUGGAUCUUACAAUAAUUUCUUCAGAAUGUUUGACAGAAACACAAAGCGAGACAUAACCCUAGAAGCAUCGCGGGAAAACAAUAAGCCUCGCACGGUUCUGAAACCCCGCAAAGUCUGUGCAAGCGGCAAGCGAAAGAAAGAUGAAAUAAGUGUUGACAGCUUAGACUUCAAUAAGAAAAUCCUUCACACAGCCUGGCACCCCAAGGAAAAUAUCAUUGCUGUAGCUACUACAAACAAUCUGUAUAUAUUUCAAGACAAAGUGAAUUAGGGUUGGCAUUCCUAGCAGAAGAACCCACUUCCUGCUUAGUUGAGAUAGUUGAAUCUAGCAUUCGUUCCUAUAAGAGAGAGGUCCAUUGUGGCACCCCUUUCCAGUGUUUGACAGUGUGCCAUUCGACAACACAUUGUUAUAGCUACAUGGAGAAAGCUCUGUGGAUUCAUCACUGGUGUUCUCCAUGUCUGCUAGCCAUUUAGGUAAGGGUAGGGCACUUUUAAUUUAAAUGACUUCUUGCACCAUCUUGCCUAAUGGACUAGAUUGGACUGUAUCAACAUUGAUUUACUCCACUUUUUAUGCCUUCCAUUGUGAUGACGUCAAACACAGUGAAAGCCUUCAGUCAUGCUAUGGGAUUUAAUUGUGUAUCCUCAUUACUGUAUCAUUUGUGGGGUACACCCCUUCCCCCUUUUUUUAAAUUAAAUACAGCUCAUUCUUACUGUGGCUUGUAGCAUUCCUCCUCUUCUGGCCUCCUGGACUCCUCCCCUUCAUCUCUCUUACCCUUGCCCCUCCACCCGGUCUUGGUGGUGGUAUAUUUAAAAAAGAAAGAAUGAAAGCACACAAAAUGAGUCAGUUUGGGGUCAGUGGUAUAAAGGGGGUAUAUGUUGCGAACAAAUGUUUUAAUAACAGUUGGCUGUAAUCACUCCUCGCCGUGUCUGGCACUGAAAAUAAGGGGAAAAAAACCUACUACUGAAUAAAAGUGACAAAGAAUGGAGAAUCUGGUUUUCUUUUUCUUUUUAACCUACCUCUUAAAGCCAAUAUUUUGUGUCAUACCUUUAGGCACAGUGAAACAAAAUGGGUUUUCAUUGUUUUAUUGGUAUUUUUGUUAAUUAUUUUUAACAAGUGUUCUUUUACAUGCAGAAGGAGAGGUAUUGGUUAUGUAUGAACAUAUUUUGAAUAUAUAUUGGUUUUAUUAAGAAUUUCACAAUCUAUAAAUGAUACUAGAGUUUUUUUCUUUUUACCGUUGUCAUGACGGUAUUGGAUACGUUUUAUCUCUACUUAACUCGAUAUCUGUUAAUGAAAUUGUUGUAAAUGGGAACCAAAUUUGUAGAACUUAAUUUCUAAAUACUUUCUACAGUGCUUAAUUUCAUUUUUGCCUUACUAAAUACUAAGUCAAAGACUUAUAAAACAUUUUUAACAAAAGUUUUUUUGUCAUUCAUAGAGCAGAAAACUAACAUCAAGUGACACUGCACUACUUUUUUUUUUUUUUUUUUUUUUUACUGCUAUCAGAAUGAAAUUUUCUUUUCUAUAAAUAUUUUUCUUCUAUUUUUGGUUUUCCAAAGCUAUAUUAAAGACAAAUUUUUAAAGGUACAGCGUUCAAAAAGUGCUUAAUGAACUCCAACAGCUGCCUCAAAUAAACAUCUGGUCAUCUGUAUAUGAGUACAUUUUCCCUAAGUGGUGAUACCUUAUCCAAAGAUGAAGAGUGCUCCUAUUUUUAAUAGGUAGAAUGUACCUUUGUCAGUCUUGCAGAAGCUUUAAUGGAGAAGAAAUGGACUUUAUUUUUGAAAGGUGAAUUGAACAGGCAUUUAUAUUAUUAAAGAAUGGUAGUCUUAUUUUGGUUGAACGUAAUAUAACAACCUUGAAUUUCAGAGGACUCUUGAGUGCUUCUAUGUCCACUACUUACUGUUCUAUUAUUCAAUAAUGAAAAAGAAUUAAAUGAGUCUAUCGUGAUUCCCUCUACACUACUACAAAUAUUAUGUCUUGUAAGUUAACAUUUUUAGCACACAGAAGAAAUUUUAUGUAAUAAAAUUACUGUAUCUUUUGGACUUAACAAAUUUGGAUUUGUAUUUGAACACAUUGAUUCUAUGUCUGAUAAUUCUUAAUGGCACUUUUACUAAUUUAUUGGGGGAUCUUGGGUACAUUCUUAAUUUGUGUUAUUUAUUCUUCACACUUGACUUGCAAGUGGGAUAUUCCCCUGUCAGAAGUGUCACUGUCAGAACAGUGAUACCCUUCCUGUGUUCUGACUGGACAGCUUUCCAGAUUUUUUUUUGGGAGAUUUUCCUACAACUUGGUUGUGUGUCUUGAGAUAACACCACCAAACAGCUCUCAGAAAUUCUUUUUUGAUUGAUCGGUAGCUAUGAUGAUUCUCCUCCAUGACACUAAGGAUUAGUUUAUAUAUUUAAGAGAAAUUAUUGCUAAAAUUAAAAUGCCUCUAUCAAGGAAUGCUAUUAUAAAUUAUUGUUAACAUUCUCAAGUAUUAAUUUUUUAAUUUCAUUGGUGUAGCAAACUAUAAGCCCAGCCACUCAUUUUACAUGGCCAUGGUUAAUCUUUUUAUUAAUAAAAAUUAUACUUAGAAUAAA